CAACCCUGACACAAAACUCCUGCUAUAUUGUUUUUACAAGCCUUAUUUUAUUUUCGGAACAUGCUGCGCAAAUUCGGUAAACUCCUGGGACAGCAGGUGGGUCAGCAAGCACGCUUCCCAAUAUGCCGCACGCUGGCCACAACAAACGCGCUGCGUAAAGAUGCUGCAGCGGAGACGGAGGCUGUUUCGGCCCCCCCAAAGACUAUACUUGUGGAAAAAGACAAAAACAUUACGAUGAUUGGAAUAAAUCGACCGCAGCAGCGCAAUGCCAUCGAUUCUAUUACCGCCUCACAGCUUUGCGAUGCGUUUGCCAAUUUCGAGGCGGACGACACUUCGCCGGUGGCCGUGCUAUACGGUGUGGGCGGAUCGUUUUGCUCUGGCUUUGAUAUAUUGGAAAUGAGUACGGAUGAGAAGGAGGAGAUCAGCGUUGAUAUACUUAUGCGUCCCGAGGGGUCUGUUGGUCCCACACGUCGCCAGAUCAAAAAGCCGGUCGUCUGCGGCAUCAAUGGCUACUGCAUUGCCAAUGGAUUGGAAUUGGCGCUUAUGUGCGACUUGCGCGUAAUGGAGGAGUCGGCAGUUCUGGGUUUCUUCAACCGUCGGUUUGGAGUACCCAUGCUGGAUGGUGGCACUAUUCGCUUACCAGCCAUGAUUGGACUGUCUCGUGCGCUCGAUUUGAUACUGACAGGUCGCCCGGUGGGCUCCCAGGAGGCCCACGAUAUUGGGCUGGUAAAUCGCAUAGUUCCCACCGGCACAGCACUGGGAAAUGCCUUGGAACUGGCCACUUGCCUUGCAAAGUUCCCGCAACGCGCCUUGAAUCAUGACCGCAACUCUGUGUAUUCGGGCGCAUUUGAGACGUCCACGUUCCAUCAGGCAGUGCAGAACGAAGUAAUGUACACUUCGCGCGAGAUUAUUGAGGACAUGCAGAACGGAAUCAAGUGGUUCAAUCAGACUUUCGAGGCGGACACCACACACUCUUGGCUGAAGCGCGAUCGGUCUAUGGCCGACUGGGAUGAUGAGGAGGUGGCAGCUGCGGCUGCGCAGAAAGAGAAACAAAAGCAAGAUGAAGAGGUCGCCCGCGUUGAGGCCGAUAAACAAAAGUUGGCCGAAAAAGCGCAAAAAAACUCAAAGAAAACUGAAGUAAAGCCAGCCGACAGCAGUGACCAGAACAUUGAUUCUAAAGAAAAGCCAAAGGAAAAAUAGUUGAACCUUAAUUUGAAACAAAAUGAACUGUUUUCCAUGAUAUGCUAUAGCCUUGUACAUAACACUCUCAUCAACAGUUUCAAACUGAUCCAUUUGACUUUGUUAACUUAUUCAAAUACAAAAUUAUCUCCAAGCUCUGGACACUAGAGAAA